AUGCUUAUAGCAUUGGGGCUUAGCUAUAACUCGUUCAGUGGACAUGUACCCAUUAAUCUUGGGAAUUUACAUGACCUAGAAUAUCUACACUUAUCUAGUAAUCUCUUGACAAAUGAUCCUUCAAUGCUGGAUUUGGAUUUCCCAGUUUCGUCAACAAAUUGUAGACACUUGAAGAACGUUGUGAUGGGUAACAAUCUUUUUGAUGGAAUGCUUCCAAAAGCUUUGAGUAAUUUGUCGACUUCUCUUCAAAUAUUCAAUGCUCAUUCUUAUGGCAUCAAAGGUACGAUUAAAAGUGAAAUUGGCAAUAUGAGUAACUUGAUCUAUCUAGAAAUGGGAAACAAUGAGUUCACAGGAAAAAUUUCUGACACGUCGAGUCAAUUGAGGACGUUAAAUUGGCAGCGUGAAGGGAAUGAGAGGGUUAUGUCUAUCGGGAAAUUAGUUCUCAGUGGUGAAAUACCUAAUGGAGGGCCUUUUAAGAACUUAACGCCAGAUUCUUUCAUAGGCAAUAAAGAAUUGGGUGGAGCAUCUCAUUUCAAGGUCAGGCCAUGCAAAGAUAAUACAACUAUAUCAUCAAGCAACCAUAGAGUUUUUAAAUAUAUUUUACCAUCAAUGGCUUUGACAGUAAGUGUUGCCAUCAUUAUUGUUUUUUUGGUAAGAUGUAAUAAUAGUAAUUCACCUCUUCCAACACAGUCUAGUUCCACUAUUGCCUUCAACUUGAAGAGAAUCACGUACUACAAAGUUCUUAUUGCUACAAUUAAAUUUGGUGAAGAGAACCUAAUUUUCAAAGGCAGUACUGGUUCAGUGUACAAGGCGAUAUUUUAA